UACUUUAUUGCUGUGUCUCCAGGUAGCUAGCCAGGUAUGACGCAGCCACUGGUUAUAGUCGCUUUUUUCCUAGGAGAAGAAAAAGACCAAAGAUGUAGUCAGGCUACCCAAAAGUGAUGUCGCAAUGCCUAUCCAGUGUUUCAUCAUCCCAUACACUAAUCUCAACUGCAGAAUACCGUACAUAGGGUGACUUUCUCCCUCACUCCCACAAAAGACAUGCACAUCUUGGAGUGAGCUAUGCAACAACAUCGUCUGUCGGCUACUAUGCUGAGCCCUACGCAGAUGGCUACAGUUGUGGGUGGUUUGGGUGGUCACGCUGCACCCGCACAAGAUACAGAACAAGGACCAGAGCAGUGUAUGCCCAAUCAUCAGUGUACCAUCUCACCUGCUGUACUGGGUAUAGUGGCAGUGGAUGUCAAGCUGUUUGCUCGCAAAAUUGUCAAAAUGGUGGAACCUGCUCAUCACCAAACGUGUGUUCAUGUCAAAUUGGAUGGAAUGGACAGUCAUGCACUAUAGAUGCUGAUGAAUGUUCUGUUGAAAAUGGUGGAUGCCAUCAUACAUGCCACAACACAGCUGGAAGCUUUGAGUGCAGAUGUAACUCUGGAUACUCACUGGCCUCAGAUGGUAGAACAUGCAAUGAACCACCAUCUGUACCAAGGAAUGUGCGGGUGUCCAGUGUGGGUCAGAGAAUAUCGUGUCACCGCAUCACAAAGUCAAUUCCAGGAGGGUAAUCGUUUUGCCACUGAGGACGAACAUUCAGGGACACAUCAAUUUACUGACCUUGAGGAACAUACAAUGUACUCCUUUAGUGUAGCAGCCUCUAACACAUUUGGGUAUGGAGUAGCAAGUGAGCCUGAAGAUGCUACAACUCUUCAAGCAGCUCCGUCAGCUGCACCACUUUCGGUGGAGGUACUCUCCAACAGUUCCUACAACAUCACCAUCCAGUGGUCACCUCCUCCUGAGAUUGACAGAAAUGGUGUGAUACUCUACUACCAGAUAAAUGUAACAGAAACUGAGACUGGAGCUGAGUUUACAUGGACAUCAUCUGAAAACAACACAACACGUGAUUCUCUUCAUCCGCACUAUCACUAUGAGUGUAGAGUGGCAGCCUCUACUGUUGUUGGAAUUGGACCAUACUCUGCUGUUGAGACUGUGCAAACUUUACCUGCUGUUCCUACUGCAGCACCUGCACAUGUGAGGGUUACAUCAUUUGACUCAACAAAUAUAUCCUUAGUCUGGGAGCCUCCUCACUUCAGUGAUCGCAAUGGAGACAUUGUUAUGUAUCAUAUAAUGGUUACUGAACAAGAAUCUCAAACUGUUUCUGAGUACAUGACUACCAGCGAAAACUACACCCUAACCAAUUUACAUCCUCAUUACAAUUACAACAUAUCAAUUGCUGCAGAAACAGUUGAAGUAGGACCAUUUACUUCUGGUUUACUUCAGCAAACUAUGGAAUCAGUUCCCAGCAGUGCUCCAGGAAACUUUUCCAUGUUUGCUACUGACGCAACUUCUCUUUUGCUUUCCUGGAGUGAACUGCCACUCCCUGAUAGAAAUGGAAUCAUUCUUGAGUACACCAUUCACCUGACAAAUGUUAGAACCGGAGAAGAUACUGAGUAUAGUGCUGUCACUGACCCAUACACCAUCACAAAUCUACAUCCUGAUUACACUUAUCGUGGCAAAUUGGCUGCAGUGACAGUGGUUGGUGCUGGUCCAUUUUCUUCACCUUUGGAAGUGAGAUUACCAGAAGCAGCCCCUAGUGGAACUCCAACCAAUUUCUCGGUUGAAGAAGUGCUUUCCCGCUUGGUAACUCUAUCUUGGCAACAUCCACUUGAAGAAGAUAGAAAUGGAGUCAUUACUGGUUUCAUAAUGCAACUCGCUCUGACAAUGGCAGGGAUGGGACCUUACACUGAGGCAAUUUAUUUUACUACCCUUGAGGAUGUUCCAAGCCCUGUUAACAUGAUAGUGAUGAUGGCUGUUCUUGGAACACCAACUCAUUUGACCAUCCAGUGGAACCCUCCUGUGGAACCAAAUGGAGAACUAUUAGCAUACAGUGUUUACUGCGGGGUGUCAGCCCAGCAGCCACUUUGUGACUGUGACUUUAGUAAUACAUCACCCUCUUGUCCCUGUGGAGACAUGUCAUUGAAUGUCUCAUAUCAUCAACAAGCUGUGCUCCCAGUGGCUCUGUCACAAACUGAGGAAAUUGGUGGAUUCUUACCAUACACCAACUACACCUGCUUUAUGACUGCUAAUACGUCUGCUGGAGAAAGCACUCCAGGAAUCUCUCUUUCAUCAGUUACUGAUGAGUCAUGGCCCGAAGAUCCACCUCAGAAUGUGACAAUUCUUGUCAUUAGUGCUACAGUACUACACCUGUCUUGGAGACAGCCAUCUACUCCCAAUGGAGUUAUAGUAACAUACCACAUCACAUACAAUGUAUCUGCUUUAGAAGAGAGGACUCUUGAUACAAGUGGAACUAAUAUUACUGUAACUGAUCUUGAUGAAUAUACUGUGUACAAGUUUUCACUUUAUGCAUCUACUCGCAUUGGUGAUGGACCAUUUACCAUCAUUCUGGGGAGAACAAAUGAGUCAUAUCCACAUUCUCCACCGAGAGAUGUUCAGCUGUUAAAUGUUGGAAAGCGGUCUGCAGAUGUGUCCUGGAUCCCUCCAUUGAUUCAAGAUCAUAAUGGCCCCCUAACGCAUUAUGAAAUACAGUUCAUUCAAAGUCAACUUGAUUCAGUUCCUAACGUUAUUAUCAUGAGUAACAAUUUGUCCAUCAGCUACUCAGAUCUGGAAGAGUUCACAAACUAUGCAGUAGUUGUGGCGGCAUCAACAAACACAGGAAUUGGACCUUUCAGUUCUCCUGUUACCUUCACCACUCAAGAAGAUGCACCAUCUUCAGCUCCACUACUGGGAGCUGGCUAUGCUCAUAGUUCCUCUGUUGUAACAUUCAACUGGACGGCCCCCCUCCCAAUUGAUCAAAAUGGAGUUAUUGACUACUACAAUGUGAUUGUAACAGAAGUUCCUAGUGGACGGGAGUGGUUUCUGGUUGCUAUAGACACAGAGAUUACCCUAGCCUCACUGCAUCCAUUCUACAAUUACAGCUGUGUUGUUGCAGCGUACACAGUAGACAUUGGCCCAUUCUCCCAGCCAUUUUUCAUUUUAACAGGAGAAGAAGCUCCAACUGCUCCACCAUCAAGGCCACAGAUUGUGUCCUAUUCUUCCACUUCAAUAUCGCUGACAUGGGAGCCACCUCCUGCCGAGCACAUAAAUGGAAUACUGCGUUAUUACACUGUGGUCUACACGGAGCAAGACACAUCUCUUGAGUUUUCGGUCGCUUCAAAUAUCACUAGCCUUCAGCUGAUGGGUCUCCACCCAUACUUCACCUAUGUCAUCAAAGUAAGAGCUGGGACUGUUUCCCCUGGCCCUUUAAGCGAUUCACAGAGUGUUCAGCUUCAAGAAGAUGCUCCUUCUGCAAGUGUGCUAAACCUUUCUGCUCAGGCAGUGGAUUCUAAAACGAUCUUCAUCAGUUGGAUCCCACCUCUUUUCAUUCACCAGAAUGGCAUGAUACGAAGUUACACAGUAUUUGUAACUGAAACAAACACUGGAAUUAUGUACAACUACUCCUCCUCUACAACCGAUGUGACUGUGAGUCAGCUACAUCCUUACUUCACAUACAGCUGUGCUGUGUCUCCUGUGACGGUCAAACCUGGACCCUUGUCGUCGCCUGUAUAUGUUACCACACACCAGGAUGUGCCCAGUGGAACAGUCCAAGAUAUUGAAAUACUUGAACUGCACUCAAAAACGGUGAUCUUACAAUGGGAACCACCAGAAAUAGAGCAUCAAAAUGGUGUGAUAACUCUUUAUCAUGUGAAUAUCUUCGCCAUCACCUUGAAUGACAGUGUUCAAUUAACAUUUUCAAAUGCAACUGGUGAAGUUAGUAACCUCAGUCCCUACACAAACUAUCAGAUUGGUAUAGCAGCUGCCACAGUUGUUGGUGUUGGACCAUUGAGUCCUCCCUUCAACAUCAGAACUGAAGAAGAUGCUCCAAGCAGUCCACCAAUGGAUGUUGAAGCUGUGUCUCUCAACUCCUACACAUUAUCAAUAUCAUGGAGUUCUCCUUCACCUGAACAUGCCAAUGGUGUUGUUCAAGGCUACACUGUGACUUUAUUGGAGACAGACACACUUGACAGUAUUACAAACGCUACCAACCAAACGAGCAUUACACUAUCGUCCCUGAUCCCUUCAUUUACCUAUGUGUACACAGUUGCUGCUGCAACAAUAGAGCUAGGACCUGCAAGUCCCGAGAUGAACAUCACCAUGCCUGAGGAUGCUCCAUCUGGGCCUCCGACUAACAUUACUGCAGAAAUAGUCCAGCCAAACAGUGUCACUCUGACAUGGAGCCCCCCUGAGAAAAGAGCUAGAAAUGGCAUAAUCACUGAAUAUAUUGUUAACUACGUGCCUUUUAUAUCAGAUAAUAGCUCUUCGCUGCUUACAGACACACAAAUAAUUGACAUCAUCAACCUGAAUCCCCAUACUAUAUAUUCAUUCUCUGUUGCUGCAAGAACUGCUAUUGGUAUUGGGCCAUUCAGCACUCACUUGCAUGUAAGAACUGAAGAAACAGCACCAUCAAGCCCACCUACUAAUGUUACUGCAAACACCAUUGACUCAACGACAGUAGCUCUGAGUUGGGUGGCUCCUCCACCUGCUGACCAUAAUGGCAUCAUUCGGUACUAUGCUGUGAAUCUAACAGAAACUGACACAGGGGUUCAGUUCCAGAUAGAAUCUGAGACAACAGCCAAAAUCAUUUCGUCACUUCAUCCCUCUUAUAUCUAUGAAGUAGUGGUAGCUGCUGUAACGAUAGCCAUUGGUCCUUACUCUGUAUCAGUGACCUUUGGGCUCCCUGAAGAUGCUCCAAGUGGACCGCCUACUAACUUUAAUGUUGAGGCACUAUCUUCAAGCUCACUUCAAGCUACCUGGAAUGUUCCACUACAAGAACAACAGAAUGGUGCUAUAACGUACUAUGUGGUGACUGUCACAAAUCUGAAUGAUGGAGUUGAAAGAGAGGAUGUCGUAUCCAAUACUUCUCUUAUGGUUUUCUCACUAGAACCCCACACAGAGUAUGAGGUUUAUGUUCUUGCUGCAACAACAGCUGGAACUGGACCACCGACCAAUCCACUCACUGUACACACACAUGAAGAUGCACCAACUCAUGGACCAACAAAUUUGACGGUAGUGGAUAUCGGUCCAACACAUAUUCGCAUCAGAUGGGAUCAUCCCCCAAAUGACACUCACCAGGGGAUAGUUCGACUGUAUAAAAUCUAUGUAUCUGUGGAGGAAACGGAACAGACUUACUUCUACACAACCACAGCUGAUAACACGGAAUUGCUACUGGCAUAUUUGCAUCCAUACUACACAUACCACAUGAGGGUUGCAGCAGUUACGGUGGAGGAGGGAAAUUCAACCUUUCUUUCUGCAAAAACUGAUGAAAGUGCUCCUAGUGGACCACCACAAAAUUUUGAGGUUGCAAUAUUAAAUUCAGCGUCAACUAACAUUACAUGGUCCAGCCCAGUGGAAGAGGAUACCAAUGGUAUUAUUCGACACUUUGUUAUCAAUAUCACUCAAGAUACAGGAGAAGUGCAGCUAGUAACAUUAUCUUCUCAGCAUCUGUAUCAUAUUGCGAGAGAUCUUCAGCCAUAUACUAAUUAUUCCAUUAGUGUAGCUGCAGUAACGGUUGACAUCGGAUCUUUCAGUAGUGAAAUAACUGUAGAGAUGCCUGAAGCCGCUCCAAUACUACCACCAGCAAAUGUCUCAAUUCUCAUUUUAAAUCGUAGACAAAUACUUGUCUCGUGGACACCUCCAGAAAAGAAUGCAAGAAAUGGUCUCAUUCGAAUGUACAUCGUUAAUGUAACCAGAGUUGAUAGCAAUGAAAUAUAUUCUGAGACAUCAGAUGCCUCCAAUAUCACUCUAACUGUUCUUCCGUUUCGUCACUACCACAUAUCAGUAGCUGCUGUAACGGUAGAGACAGGUCCAUUCUCAGAUAACGUAGCUGUUGAAACUCCUGAAGAUGCUCCAACAGCUGCUCCACAACAUCUGGAAAUCUCAAAUGUUACAUCAACCACAUUGACUCUAACAUGGGCCGAACCAGACACAGAAUUCCACAAUGGGAUCAUUCGACACUACACCGUUGUUGCAAUGCCACUUACACUAGAAAUUGAGUCAGUGAGUGUCAGGACUUCCAACGAAGAAGUGGAAAUCCUUGGUCUGCAUCCAUUCACAACUUACUCAAUAAGCAUAGCUGCUUUCACCGUUGGUUUGGGGCCUUCUGAAAGCAUAAAUGCUACAACCAUGGAGUCACUUCCCAGUGGAGCAGCAACGUCCGUCGCAGUGGAACCAAUCAACUCAACUACUAUCCAUGCUAACUGGCAACCACCACUUGAUGUUCACAAGAACGGAAUUAUCCUAAAUUACGUUGUCAACAUUUCUCAAAUAGGCUAUACUUUAACCAACAUGUACCUGGAGUUUUCUGAGCAGUUGACGGUUGGAAAUCUGCAACCUUUUUCUCUCUAUGCCAUUUCGGUAGCAGUUGAGAACUCAGUUGGAGUUGGACCAUUCUCUGUUCCUGAGCUGGUACAGACAAUGGAAGAUGCUCCUAGUUCACCACGCUAUUUGAGAUUCUCCAACCUCACCUCUACCUCUGUCCACUUGUGGUGGGAUGAUCCACCACCAGAGGAUCACAAUGGAAUCAUUAGAUCUUAUGAGAUUGAUGUGGCAGAGAAUGAGACUGGGCUCGUUUACCACUUCACUGCCACAGACAUGCAAUACAUGGUUCAGAGUUUGCACCCAGCAUAUUGGUAUUAUGUGCAAGUGCAGGCUGUGACAGUCGAGGCGGGAGAACCUAGUGAAGAACUUAUCUUUAAAACCCUUGAGGACAUUCCCUCAUAUCCACCACUCAAUCUCUCGGUGUAUGUGCAAAAUUCUACACAUGCAAUGGUAAUGUGGGAAGAUCCAGAUCAAGACCAACAUAAUGGAGUAAUUACAGAUUACAGGGUCAAACUUAUUGAGACAGAUACACUUGACACCUUUCCUAUUCUUACCGUGAUUUUAAUGCCUUUAAUGCUGCCUGACCUACAUCCUUUCUACACAUACCAAUUGCAAGUUGCUGCUGCUACCUCUGUUGGUGUGGGGCCCUAUACUCAACUUUUUGCAUUCAGAAUGGAUGAAGCAGCUCCCAGUAGCCCUCCUCAAAAUGUGACUGUGGAGCCUGCAAGUUCAACAGCAAUUUUGAUAUCCUGGGAACCUCCUGCUAUUGGGGAUCAAAAUGGUCAUAUUCGCUCCUACAACAUAGUUGUUGCUGACACGGUUUCUCAGACUGAGAGAAUGUAUACAGUUGGCUCAGAGCACACUCAGAUACUGGUCAACAUGCUCCAGCCUCACCGAUCCUAUGAGAGCAGUGUGGCUGCCACAACUGUAGCCACUGGUGUCUUCUCCCAUCCGGUCGUUGCAACUACUAACCAAGAUGUUGCUUCUGAGGCUCCAUCUGGAGUGUCAGGUUGGGCAGUCAAUUCAACAUCUAUCUAUGUGACCUGGAGUCCAUUGCAAGAGGACUUGCAGAAUGGGAUAAUAGUACACUACUCCCUGCGGCUCACAGAAGUAGCUUCUGGCAGAGUAAUCACCACUGAAAGAAAUGCAACCAGUGUUGUUGUAUCAUCUCUUCACCCUCACUAUGCAUAUGAAGUAACAGUUGCUGCAGCUACAAUCGUUGGCAAUGGACCAUUCAGUUUAGGGAUUUUGGUUCUCACCUACUCUGAUGGUGCACCAGUGAAUGUUGAGAUCGAGUCUAUAUCAUCCACCUCAGUGACAGUAUCGUGGGGUGAACCCUCACUUGAAGAGCAAAAUGGUGUUAUUUUGGCAUACUUUGUCUCUGUGGUUAAGGACAACGAACAGUUGAAUGUGACAACCAAUUUUACAGCGGCAUACAUUUCUCACAUACCUAUAUCUCCUUUGAAGCCAUUCUCUGAAUACAACUUGUCUGUUGCUGCCGUGAAUAUCAACGGUACCGGACCUUAUUCCCAACAUAUACCAUUUACAACUGCUCAAGCAGCUCCCGGAGCACCACCAGUGGGACUAAGAGCUGAAAAUGUGUCAUCUAGAGCUAUGUCUCUAACCUGGGAGCCUCCACCAAUCUCCUCCCAUAAUGGAGUCAUUCAAGAGUUUCGGUUGCAUGUGCUCGAGAAUAACACCAAUACUGAGACCUAUUACAACUCCCUAUCAACGGAGAUGACUUUGAACAACCUACACCCUUACUAUAAUUAUCUGAUGAGUGUUGCUGCUGCGACCGUAGAUAUUGGUCCUUAUGAAACAAUUGACAUUAUGACACUUGAAGAAGCUCCCAGUGGACCCCCUCAACAGCUACAAGUGCUCUCAGUGACAUCAACCAACGUUACUCUUUCAUGGGUCCCUCCUAGUUUACAACAACAAAAUGGAGUCAUUAGGAAUUAUACCGUGAACAUUUGUCAUCCAAAGACUGAUAACUGCUGGAGUGAACUGUCAGGAAACACUCAAUACACUGUUUCAGAACUCCACCCGUUCUAUACCUACCAUAUCAAUGUUGCUGCCAUUACUGUAGACAGUGGACCACCAACUGGCUACAAAUCCGUGACCUGCCUGGAGGAUGCACCAAGUGGUCCUCCGACUAAUGUUACGGUUGAAGCACUCAGUUCAUCCAGUCUACACAUGAUCUGGUCUGAGCCUGAACCAGAAAGCACAAACGGAAUCAUCAGAGAGUAUGAGGUUAUCGUGAGGCGUUUCCAAAAUGGUAGCAGCAGUUUAAUGUACAGUGUGGUGGAUAAUGAGCUAAUCAUACAAUUGUUGACACCAUUUUCUGACUAUGAGUGUUCAGUUGCUGCUGUCACAGUGAAACGUGGGCCUCACUCCAUCCCUGUGUCAGCUCAAACCUUGCAAGAUGCUCCUUAUGGUCCUCCCCUCAAUGUAUCUAUUGAAAUACUGAGCAGUUCAAGCAUUAAUGUUUCCUGGUCUCCACCUAUGCAACAUUUGCAGAAUGGCAUCAUCCAAGAGUAUAUAUUGUCUAUUUGGAUUGGUGAUAGCAUCACGACAAAACAUACUAAUGUUUCCUAUGCCAUUAUUGAGUAUCUACAUCCACACUACACUUAUAACGUGGCCCUGGCGGCAUUUACAGUUGCUUCAGGUCCGUUCAGUAUUGCUACAAAUUUCACAAUGCCACAAGAUGUACCAUCUAGUGGACCAGAAAAUGUUGAAGCUGUGUCCCUCUCUCCUUAUAACAUUGAACUACACUGGGAGCCACCAUAUAUUGAAGAUCAGAAUGGAAACAUAGUCUCGUAUUACAUCAGUGUAACACACAUUUCUACCGGUGAAAAACAGUCUUUUGAAACCUCAGGAGACUCUUUUUUCUUCUCUGGGAACAACUUCCAUCCAUACUAUACCUACAACAUCACCAUAUAUGCCGUGACAGUCGGAAUUGGUCCUGCUCCUUCUUCUCCUCCUCUCAACGUGAGUGCUGAGCCCAUAUCUUCAACAGUGGCAACCCUAACAUGGCAGCCUCCAGACCCUGAGAACAGAAAUGGUCGUGUUCGGGGAUACUCAAUCAUCAGAGUCACCUUACCCACGGGGGAUUUGCAUCAACUAAUGACAAGCAAUUCAGAGAUGGUGCUGGAAGAUCUACACCCAUAUACAAACUAUUUUGUAGUCAUUGCAGCAAAAACCGUUUCCCUUGGGCCCUUUUCACCUCAGGAGUUUAUUAACAUGCCAGAGGCAGGCCCAUCAGCUCCUGUACAGAAUAUCUCACUGAGAGUUCUAUCAGCAACCUCAGUAGGAGUAAGGUGGCUCCCUCCACCUAUUGACUCCUGGAAUGGAAUCAUCAGAAACUACACAAUAAAUGUGGAUCAUGUGGAAUCUGUACACUCAGCUGAAAAUAAUAGCCUGGAAUUGCACAAUCUCAGCUUUACACAAGUUCAUCCCUCAAGGGAUAACCCUCUGUCUAACAGUGGAGAUCCUCAUCUUGUCUCCCUGCCCCUGCUAUUUGAGUCAGUAAUCAUUCGGAAUCUCCAGGAGAGCCAGGUGUAUCAGUUCAGUAUUGCCAUGGCCAAUUCGGUUGGAUGGGGAGAGGAAAGCCUACCAAUCAUCCAAGAGCUCCCGGGAAGUGAGCCAUCAGGGGCCCCAGAUAGCAUCCAAGUUCGAGUGCUCUCAUCUUCAUCAGUGGAGGUUCACUGGGAGCCUCCCAGCUUCAUUCAUCACAACGGAAUCAUCAUUGGAUAUUGGGUAGAGGUUACUCAUGGGAUGACCCCACCGCAAUCGGUGUUCAAUGAAACUACUGAUAAGCUCACCAUAGUUGUUGAUGGUCUUGAAGGGUUUACAGACUAUUACAUAACCAUAACGGCAGAGAAUUCUGACGGAAGAGGACCGUCUUCUAUUCCAAUUCAUUUCAAAACACUGGAGGAUGUUCCAUCAGUUCCUGUCAAUGUGACAGUACGUCAAGUUGGAAUGACCUCUGUCUCUGUUUCAUGGGGUGUUCCGGAACAUCCUAAUGGUGUUAUUGUUCACUAUAUAGUUUGGUAUGCUCCAGCUCUGGAUAAAAAUGAUGAAAUGGUGAACAAUACAAUCACAGUAGAUGCUCAACAUACACUGCUGACAGUUGAAAAUUUGACUGUUGGUUUUUCAUACAUAUUUAAGGUGAGAGCUGAAACCACUGCUGGUGUUGGAAUUUAUUCCGAAGUGAUAACCAUCACAUUGGAUACUAAUUAUCUGGUAACGGUGGAAGAAACAUUUUCUCAAUCACAACUUGAAGAUAAUGGAGCUAUCAUAGUAGCAUCACUGGUAGCAUUUGGUGGAUGGAUAUUUGCAGUCAUUUCAACUGCGACUGUAUUCUGCAUGUGCUACAUGCGCUACAUGCAUCACAAAAGAAACAGACCAGCAUAUCGAAUCAGAUAUUUUAAUCGACCUACCGAAGAAAAUAUAUACGAUGAAAUAAACAUGCAAUCAGAAACUUACCAAAAUCAAGAAGCCAACCGUGAAGGAGCUUCAGGCACUGACUGUGAAAAGAGCACUGCCUUGUAAUAGAGCACUACAUAUGACUUGACUUGAAUUACAAUAGUCUUUCUGUAGAUAAAGGACAAGAAUCGCUCGUUAUUUUUUACUUGUAGGAUUAUUGCUGUAUGUUUUACGCUGCAUCUGUAUAAUGAAGGUACUAGAGUGUAAACC